CACCCGCCGCUCCUCUCUCCCCCCACACCAAGAACAGGCGCUAGCACGCACGCACAGCGUAGCAGAGCGAAGGAGAGCCAGAGCGGGAGAGCGGAGCGCCAUCAGCCGUCCGAUCGUUCCCCAAGUUGAUCCGAUGGCUCUCGCUCUCUCCGGCUCCGCGCGCGCUGCUGUCGCGUCGCUGGCCAAGGCGGCGGCCCCGAGGAGGGGCUACGCGGCGUCGGCGGCGUCCGGGGCCAUGAGGCGCGCGGCGGGCGCGGCGGAGGGUGCGGCCACAGGGGAAGCCAAGGAGGCCGGCCGCAGCGCCGCCGUGGAGACCUCGUGGGUGCCCGACCCCGUCACCGGCCACUACCGCCCCGCCAACUGGGACGGCGCCGUCGACCCCGCCGACCUCCGAGCCGCGCACCUCGCCCGCACCUACGCCCGGGCGUGAAGACCCCCUGAUGCUACUCUUCAUCUGGUACUCCGCGCGCGGUGGCCGCCGGCAUCAUGCAGCCGGGCUCUCUCGGCUGCUCGAUGUGGAACGUAACGCUGCAUCAUCAUCUUGCGCGACCAGAGAGAGAUACGAAAAUGAG